UCCUCUCACUCUCGCAUGCUCAUUUCUUUUCUCUCUCUCCUUUUCGUCCCUCUCUCCCUGUCAGUGUUUAACCUGGGUCAGUAUCGCAGGGAAGCUGUCCAGACCUAUAAGACCUUCGAGUUCUUCCGUUCUGACAACGAGGAAGCCAUGAAGAUUCGCAAUGCCUGUGCUGUGACUGCGCUGAAGGACAUCUGCGCCUACUUCACUCAAGAGCAGGGCCAAGUGGCGGUAUUUGACGCCACCAAUACCACCCGGGAUCGCAGAGAGGACAUCCUGAGUUUUGCCAAGGCUAAUGGCUACAAGGUUUUUUUCGUGGAGUCCGUCUGUGACGAUCUGGACAUCAUCGAAGCAAACAUCAUGCAAGUGAAGCUGAGCAGCCCGGACUACAAGGACUGCGACAAAGAGGAGGCGAUGGUGGACUUCCUGAAGCGCAUCGAGUGCUACAAGCUCACCUACGUGCCCCUGGAUGACGACACCGACAGGGACUUGUCCUAUAUAAAGAUCUUUAACGUGGGCUCCCGGUACCUGGUGAACCGGGUCCUGGACCACAUCCAGAGCCGGAUCGUGUACUACCUGAUGAACAUCCACGUCACGCCGCGCUCCAUCUACCUCUGUCGCCAUGGCGAGAGCGAGCUCAACCUGCUGGGGCGCAUCGGGGGUGACCCGGGCCUCUCCCCCCGGGGCAACAAGUUUGCCUGUGCUCUGGCAGGGUUCAUACAGAGCCAGUCGAUCCGGGACCUGAAGGUCUGGACCAGCCACAUGAAGAGGACCAUCCAGACUGCCGAGGCCCUGGGGGUGCCCUAUGAGCAGUGGAAAGCUCUCAAUGAGAUUGAUGCUGGGGUGUGUGAGGACAUGACCUAUGAGGAGAUACAGGAACACUACCCGGAGGAGUUUGCCCUGAGAGACCAGGAUAAAUACCGCUACCGCUACCCCAAGGGCGAGUCUUAUGAGGACCUGGUGCAGCGGUUAGAGCCGGUGAUCAUGGAGCUGGAGCGCCAGGAGAACGUGCUGGUGGUGUGUCACCAGGCCGUCAUGCGCUGCCUGCUCGCCUACUUCCUGGACAAGAGCGCAGUGGAGCUGCCGUACCUGAAGUGUCCUCUCCACACGGUGCUGAAACUCACCCCUGUGGCCUACGGCUGCAAGGUGGAGUCCAUCUUUCUGAAUGUGGAAGCAGUGAACACGCACAGAGACAGGCCUGUGAACGUGGAUGUGACGCGCGACCCAGAGGAGGCACUGCUGACCGUCCCAGAGCACAUAUAGAAGGGGGGGGGGGGAGAGAAAGGGGGGGGGGGUGAAGCCGACUGUCCCCUCAGCCACACAUCUUUAUGUUCCUGUCCUUUUACCUCGGGUCUUAUUUUUGCAUUACACGACUGUUCAGUUGCAGUCGUUUUUGAAGCACAAAAUGGCGGCUCAUUCGUGCCUCUCAGGGUUUCCGGGACAUUCUGCCAGUUUUCAGGAAGGUCCGUCCUGUCCCAUCAGCACUAAGGGGAACAGGUGCUCUGAAGGAGUCGGAUGUUUCCAUGGAAUGAAGAGACAUGGGGGGGGGGGCGUCAGGGACGCGGUGGGAGGAGCUGAGGAGAGGAGAGGGCGGGGCUGUGGUCUGAGAACUGAGAACCGAAACAUGGACAAAUCAAGGACCGGAGCUGCUCCAUGGAUGUUUCCCAGACUGAAGGCUGGAGUUGCACUUUACUUCUGACUGCCUGACCCAACUGGCCAAUCAGGGAGGAGUCAAGGUCAGAAGAGGUUUCAUGUGACUGCGUCUGGGUGAACGUGGGUGGGGUUAGGCCCUGAGGUCCAUGUCCAUUCUCCUUCGAGCUCCUCUUGCCAAAUGAAAAAGUAAUCUCACAUUCUGUAAAUAUGCAAACCCCAGCAUGAAACAGCCCCUAGCUGAAUACUUCAUGUGAAUUUAAGUGUGUGUGAACCGCAGAGCUGGGCCACAGACCUGUGUGCACGGGAAGAGACUACAUUUAAAUACCAGGCAGUGGAAGACCUCUCGCUAGGCUGUAAAUACGGUUGUUAAUAUUGAUUUUACAGCCCAGUCAGACCACAUGAAAGGACCUCGCGCUCUGGACAGGUGGCAGAAAGUGGAACACAGGCAGAAUUUUAAAAAUCGUUUCAGCAGAGGUGGAAUACAGAACAAAAACGUUCAGACUUGCUACACCCCCCACCCCCCCGCACCCCUGCCACUCUGUCCAUUUGUGACUGAAGAAGACUCCAGUUAUGCAACAUAUUUAAUGCAUCAUUCAUAAUCCAGGCGCACUGCUUGGCGAGGGCCGUCAAGGUAGAGACUCAAGGAAUCCCCUCUGGUGAGUCUGAGGGGCCUUUACGCAGCCAAUCGCGUUCCACUGUGUUCUGUCAGUCACAUCUGUCAUGAAAGCAUGGCAGUAUAGCCAGUGUAGGAUUUAGUCUGUGCAGAACAGCACCUUGCAUAUAUAACUCUGUGAGUAAUCCAUAUUGCACCACAGCAUCCUUAAUCUUGAGCUCAGAUCAGUUAUCCAUAGGUUACAGUCAUCAGUCUUUUCAGUCAUCACUAUGAAUCUGUAACUGGAGCUUGAAGCUGUCUGUUGGUGCACAUAAUCGAAUCUGACUGUUGGCAUUGUCUGUUCCGGAGUGCCAGUCCAAUCCAACCCCCCACCCCCCCCCCCCAGUUAAGCUCUUGGCUGUGUCCAAAUCAGCCUCCUAACUACUGUGUCCUCAAAAUAUGAGGGAUUUCAAAUACACUACAUUUAGAGAACAUUUUGCCUACUUAACAACUUUGUCAUCCAGUGUACUCAACAGCUAUACUGAAUAGUAGGCGAGUGCACUGAUUCAGACACCGCCCUUAUCUCUGCUUGAACUGUCCAGCAAAACGCCUUCCCAGUGUUUCACUUUCCCAUGGAAGCCCUCGGGGUCUGUGGACCAGUGGUGUGAUGCGGAAAGUCAUGUGACCUUCCUGCCUGUGUCGGGUCCACAGCAAGUGCACCACACUGGCUGAGCAAUGAGUGAAGAGAAUGCAAUGUGUGGUUCACAUAAUACUGUCACAUUUUCUUGCUCGACAUUGCACAAACCCUGAAGCAAUAUUUGUUGUAAAAAUUAGACAUGGCAAUAUGGUUUCACAAAAACGUGUUGUAUAUUGAGCCUUACUUUUGUUGGGCAUGUAUUAGCUGCACUAGGUUGUCCCCUAGCGGUUAAUGGCGCUUUUGUGUGUCGGUGUUUUGUGUGUAGAUGUAAUUAGACGUGACACAGUACACAUGGAUCUGCUCACUCACAGUCAGUGGUUCAGAGCAGGGGCUGUGCAGAUCUGCUGAUCUCCGCGCCGAUGCAAUGAACAGCAUGUGCCUUGUGUCUGCCCAUCCGGGUGGAGUAGAGAUCGGCUCUGUAGAGUCUGGCUCUGCUCCGAGCCGCAGCUUGUAGAGCAGCGGUCUGUUUCUGUUUGUGUAUGACUGUUCUUUUGGUGGAGUUUGAUUGUCAGAGCACACCUGGUGAUUUUCAGAGGUUCCAGUAUGCUGUCCGAUCUUCUGCGUUCAGUGGCAUGGGAUCCCAUUAGCACUAUCCUGCUAACGCACACAUAAACCCACGCAGUGACCACUUCCUGCAUAACCACUUUCCACAUGACCACUUCCUGCAUAACCACUUCCCAGAGGGCAGUGGGGUUAUUAAAGUAGCAUUGCAGACAGACCGUGGUGUAUCCAGUGGUUGCUGCCAAACUGGUAGAAUGCAGUUUCACAUGAGUACUCGGACCUCUUGAAUUUGGAGCCAACGAUGCCUGGCGUACGCUACAGUCAAGAUGUUUUUCCGUUUUCAAGAUCGUAACAAAAUCUCCAGUCUUAACCUCUUAAGUCUCCAGUCUGUGGGCAGACGGUCAGAGGCUCAAUCCCAGCUCUCCCGAUCCAGUCUGAAGCUAGUCUGCAGCUCUUGCGAGAACAUCACGCUGAUUUGAUUUCAUCACAAGUCUUUAGGCGUGGCUUCAUGUAGUGUGUGACCCCCCUGUGUCCAUAAACUGUGACUGCGUGUGCAGUGAUGCUCCUAGGAUGGAGACACCAGCGGUUUUUAUUAGAGACUGAUAUUAAAUGCGAGACGCUCUCUGUUGUUUUGUCUGAUGCUCUCUGGAUUUUGUUAGGGUUCUGAACGCGGUGUAGCGUACGCAGGGCAUUAGUGGGUCUGUCACAGGCUGUCUUAGCCCUCUUUUAAUUUCUCUGGGAGAAAGUUAGGGUGUGGGGAAAAUUAUAAUCCAUUUAAUAUGCUGAGAUUUACAGCACCGAGGCAUGAAAAGAUGCCUUUUGAAUUAAACUCGGGCAUUGCGGGUUCAUGGGUCAGGGAUUUUGGCUCUAGAUUUGAGCCUGCAGAUUUGAUUCCCAAGCGAGGGACAGGCGUUGCACCCUCAAGUGAUGGUGCUUUACAAAAUUUGCUUCAGUAGACGUGCUGCGCAGUUGUGUAAACGGAUUAUGGGGAAAUGUCCGCAGGGAUGCUGACUUGGGAUUUACGCCAAGCUAAUAAAUUCGAACUGAUCCUCAUUUCUACGCCAUUCCAGUCGCUGAUUUAUAUCAGGGGUACAAAAGCAUCUGAAGCAAACUUUUCAGCAGACCGUGGGAAAGUGCCGGAAGGUCGCGUGCAGGAGGGGGGCGAGCAGCCUGGUUUUCGGCCGUCCUGAGGCUCCGCGGGGUCUCUCCUUUCGGACUGAAGCGGGGCGCUGUGCCCGUUAGCCUGCUAGCACGUGUCUGCACCCUGAGAAAAAACAUGCUCACGCGCAGACGCUUCAGUGCAACAACUCAGUGUGUGAAAACUGGUCCAAUGGUGUGUGAACUCUCAACCUUAACUGUGCUAAUAAAAAAAAAUAACUGUGAAAUCAAUUAUUUUAGUUUAAUAAGCAAAGAAUUCUGUUCUGCCCAUUUUUAAAAAAUAAAAUGUAAAGCAUG